UGUCCGGAACCGAACCAUGGCUGAAGAUCUUGAAAAGGAUUAUUCGGUAUAUUUCCAAACAUCCAAUCUGGAUCAGGAGCUGAAACCCAUCAUCGUCGGUAUCGAUCGUAUGAUGCUGCGACUGGAGGAAUUCGAAAACUGCCUGGAGCUCGUGAAGGCAGACUCGGCAGUGGCGCUAACGCAGAACAUACCGCACCUGCUCGCCCUGCGGCCGGAACUGAACGCACUGUGCGAUCGGAUCGACGGACUAGAGCGGUUCGUUGCGGUAGUGAGCAAAAACUUGGACGCCGUCGAGAAGCAAGUACAGAUCGCCGAAGAGGAGCUGGACAUUCCGGAUAAAACGCUCAAUGUGCUGCUCAAAUCGUUAAAUUUCUUCGGCAAACCCAAGCCGACGGAUCGGCCCACGAAUCGUGAUGCGGCCGGUGCGUACGAACCGGUGCCCGUAUUUAAGACGGAACAUUUUUUUCGACCCACCCCGAGUUGUCCCGCCGCCGCAACAGAAGUGCGGCCAGCACCGGACGAUGCUUCCCCUUCAGAUGGAACGCCAGAAAAAUAAAACAAGCAAUACAUUAGGACAAUGGCUUAUCCGGAUUGUUGAUGACGCUGUGGGGUUGGAAAGAUUGGAAAAGCGAUUUGGCGCCAAGAGCCUAAUCAGAACAGGGAGAAGUUACUUGUUAAAGGACCUCUAGAUGGGGAUCUCAGACAAUACAUGAACUCGAUAAUGUUCUCUUGUUUAUAGGAUUACCUCAACAAAUAAAUUAUUCAUUUUAA